UUUACGUGUACCACUUUGGUGCUCUCCAAGAAUUUGAGAUAGUUCAGAUUUAUUUGAUGAUGUAUUAGGCCUUUGACGGUGAGAUGCUCUGGGGUAUUACCGGUGUGACCAUAGCUGAGAUGUUCUUGGGAUGGUGGUGGGCCAUGGGGGGACAAGCACUUGAUGGCACCGCUUUGACCAUUAUUUCAUCUCAAUUUCCUCUCCUCUUUCUUCAUCAUCAUCUUUCCCUGCCAGUGCCGGCAGUGCGCGAGGGGUCAUCUGGAUGGACCGGCGGAGAUCGAUCCUCUUCUCCCUCACACCUGCUCCAUUCUCUCCGUACUAAGCGGUCGGCAGAGCGGAGGAGGUGCUCGGCUCCCCGGCUGCGGGCGGCGCGGAGGAGGUGCUCGGCUCCCCAAGGCUGCUGGCGGCGCGGAGGAGGAGCUCGGCUUGCCGAGACGACCAGGCCCGCCGCCCCGUGCUUAUUUGCCGAGUGUUGCGAAGGGCUUCGCCGGGCUGGUCGUUUGCCGCCACGGCUACCGAAAGGCCAUGCCGGGAUCGAGGAGCAGCGCCAGGACGACGGUCGUCGGCCGAUGCCUCGCGAGGCCUACCGGGAGGAGCAGCGCCAAGGACAUAGUCCUGCAACGGACAGUGCAAGGCCUUGCCGCUGGGUGUUCGCGCUGCUGCUGGCAUACACCCAAGUUGUGCCUCACGCUGGGAGCAGUCUCCGCCGAUUUGGCGGGUUGGGAGCCGGCUCCGCCACUUUGUCCGUCUAGGACCCGUCGCCUUUCGCCAGGCCGCCGCCAGCAACGGCACAGAUCAAGAGGAUGCAGGCACGCGGCGCAUCAGCCAUGCUUCGGGCGCGGGUGUCUAACAGGCACAGUCAGAGACGUCGAUCUCGAACUUUGCACGGUGGUGGGCAGGCACAGCCAGGCCAUGGGCGAGAGACGAGCGGUGCCGACCAGAGUAGUGUUUUUGGUUCUGGCCGAGCUGAUUAUCUACCGAGGAUACCUGGACCUUUCCACUCUGGCUGCUGGUUCUGGGUAGGCUACCAUUAAGGUUCAACUCGCCGUCAUUUGUACGUAUUGAGACGAGUUGAGAUUGUCAUUGCUUUGGGUUGUUCAAUUCUCCGAGGUAGCUGCCCAAUCAUGAUCGACAUGAGAAUUCCCGUGAAUAUUUUUAUUGGAUGCCACAACAGGGGGUUAAUACAUGGUGGAUUGAGUAUAUAGGUCGAGAUCUAGAAAAGUCUGAUUCCAUUGAACUUCUGAGCCUGUGACGAAUAAUUUUUUUUAUCUAUUGGAGAUACCACUGUAGAGAGUGGAACAACUUAUGAGACCCGAAGCAUAAAUUUUCUCCAUGUUAACUUGAUCCUUAGCAUAUUAUUAUCAUAUUUAGCCUGUUGGAAAUUUUCAUUUCAUGUAGUAGUAUUUGUGGCUAUUUCGUAUUAAGCUGACCUAGAAAACCUCACGUCUUAAUUCGAUCAUUUUAUGAUCUGUAACCACGUAGAGCUUAGCGCAAACUCAGUUGCACGAUAUUAUGUCAAUUAGUAUUAUUCUAGGCAACAAUGGUGCAUCCAACUGCAUAGGAAACUUACGGAAAUGUAUAUAUUAACCAGAUUGUACUUCUGGCUGGAUCGUCCUAACUUCAUCCUUGAAGUCUGAACACCAGACCCAGCUGCGAAUUUAACUUCACCGUCGGUUAUGUGGUCAGUGUUCUACAUUCUAUUAGUGUCCACCCAUUAAUGAGGUAUGUAAUACAAUUUAAAGCAAUAUCAGAGCUGAUGCUUCACUUCUGAAUUUGUUUACACAUUGCUUAUCUUUUGAUUUCUAACUCACCUUGGGGCCGCCUUAGUAAUUUUAUAAUAGAGGCUUCUUUUAUUCUUCAACUUGUGGCUACCACAAAGGCGCGGCGUCUCACCAUCCGGUCUCAGGAAGAUCAUGGGCUCGGGCAUUUAUCUUGCUUCCAUAUCGUGGGGGAUGGCUUCACCCUAAUCUCUGUUUUCCUGAAACUUUAUAUACUCAAAAUAUCUCGCUUAUGGUUUAUAGGUCUUUGGAGGCGCCUCUUUAAAUCAUUUGAUUUUCUCAAUCAUGUAAUGCCUAAUAUAAUAGUUAUGACUUAUAAGUCGUUGGAUAUGCAAAUUAUAAACAUUGAUUUUCCUGACGUCCUCUGUUCUCAUGUUAAUGAGAGGUGUAUUUUGGAUAAUUUUCAGGUAAUAAAUGUGUGGGAGCACAAAAGAAAAUUUUGCAUUCCCAUCCUGCUUGCAAAUAUCAUACUGUGGUCAUCAGGUAGUUUGUUUCCAUGGACAACUUCUGGCACGUAGGCUGCAAGUGAUGUUGAGAGAAAGUAAGUCUAUUAAGAGAUAAAUAUAAAAUACAUGUCCCAUGUCUGGAAUUGUUUGGCCUUCCCAAGGUAUGCUCCUACAUAAUUAUAUAUGUUGGCAUUUUCAUGAAUUGCCAACCGCAAAGUGUGGCAUGUUCUGGCAAGUUUGAAGUUGGAGCGAUAGUGUUAUUGUAAGAAACAGAAUCCAGCACGAUUAUUGAGGUAUGCCCUAGAAGAGUAAGUCCCUAUUUGUUCCCUGCUCUGCUCCUCGCUUAGUUUUACACAUCGAAUUUAAGUUCUAAAUCCUAGAUUUCAUAGAUGUACUGUUAGUGUUCUUUAUGCAUAUAGUGCAUUUCACAUUCUGUUCCCCUGAACAUUUGUGCGACUUAAGUUGUUCCUCUCUGUACUCAACAAACGUGAAUCAGGCAAACUUUCUAUAUACCUAGAAGCCUUCAGGUACCCUGCAAUCUAAUUGACUGAUUAGACCUUAGAUUAACAAUACACGGCCUCCACAUUUCUUGUGUGUAUAUAUCUUCUUGGAUUCAGAUAAUUACAAAUGUAAGAAAGCAUGGGAAAGACUUGUAGUUUGCAGGCAUUGCAUUCUGUUUUUGCACUAGGCUCAUAUGUUGCAAUGUACCGUGGCUUGCUAUACAUUGCGUUGCAUGGCUACAAACAAACACGCUUAUUAUUUUUGACUGUACACUACUGAAUAUUCUCUGCCGGUCAAAUUUUCUUCCCUUCAGUGUGUCGUGUCGUAUUUGUCUUCCUUCUGACUGGUGAGUAGAUAUUUAUAUAUACCAGUAUUAAUAACUGAGAUAGGAUUCUUAAUCUAUUCCAGCUACGUCAAUAGGGAAUAAUAUUUUUGAUUAUGUACCACACCAUGCAAAUGGUUCUGUUUGCAUUUUGCGGGAAAAAAUACCGACGCAGCUGAUAAAUUUGUAUCAGAGAAAUGCUUUGAAGCAUUGCUGUGCUUUGGUAGUGAUUGAUCUGUGCCUUUGGAACUGUUGUUUGCAGUAUUUGUGUAGGGGCAAAUUACUCGGUGGUUUGACAGAGCCAAGUCACUCGAUCUCAGUAUUGAUUGAGUAAGUGCGUUGUGGAUGUUUCAAGCCUGCGGACACUAAUAAGGCAAGAUAAUGUCUUAUUAGUAUGCCACAUCCCAACAUGGAGUUCACGGCUGGCUGUCACCAACUCUGACCCUGUAGUUCAGAAAGGGGAUCUCACAAUGUGGAGACUUUGGAAGACGUGCAAUGAUGCCAUCUUCAAAAACUUAGCCCCACACAGACAUGACCUGGUUCAAUCUGUCCUUGAAGAAGCCAAACCAUGGAUGCUUGCCGGUGCUAGGGCGUUACGCCGGCUUCCCCUGGAUGCUAUGCCCCCUGAUGACCCACCGGGAUAGAACAUUAAGGAUUAACAAAAUAACUUUGUACAGUUUUUUUCCUUGCUUUUUCUGAAUUUUUUUGCUCUUCUUGAUGUUUUUUUUCUAAUACACAAUGUGUUCGAGAAAAAAGUAAGGCAAGAUAAUACCGACA